AAAAUCAAGUCAAAUGUAUUCUUACAGCUCUUACUCAGUUAGUCGCAACACAACUCACCACUGAAUCAAAAAGUUUAUUUUUUUCCCGGGCUCUCUGUGUCCAAUCUUUUUAAGUUUGAACAUAUUUGAAUGCCGCAAAGAAGAGAAAACAUCAACGCAUUGAAGAAGCCUACACAGUGCAUGAAUGCACCAAAGUCUGAGCGUGUUCAUGGGGGCGGAGCCAAGGGUUAAGGGAGGAGCCAUGUGUUAGGGGAGGAGAGGACGUCAUAUUGAGGAAACGAAACCAAAGCAACCCACCUCGAAGCUGUUCUCACGUUCAGGAGAAAAAUAAAACGCAUUUUGGAACAAAAAGUCUGACAGUAAGAACAAGAAUGGCCUGUGCUAACACGUCGUGGUCUGAAGAGAACUUUUCAUGUUCCAUUUGUCUGGAUGUGUUCAACAGUCCAGUUUCCACCGCAUGUGGACACAACUUCUGCAGAACCUGUAUUACAAAGUUCUGGGAUGAACAAGUCCAGUACAAAUGUCCUGUUUGCAACAAGCUUUUCAACACAAGACCUGAUCUUCAGGUCAAUACCUUCUUAUCAGAGCUGGCUGCUCAGAUUAGAACAACCGUACGAGUAAAAGAGCAGCCUUGUGUUGAACCAGGUGAAGUUCCCUGUGACGUCUGUACUGGGACCCAGCAGAAGGCUGUGAAGUCCUGCCUAGUGUGUCUUAUCUCUUACUGCCAAACCCACCUGGAGCCACAUCAGAGAGUCGCAGUCUUGAAGAAACAUCGGCUGGUCGAGCCUAUGGACCGCCUAGAAGACAGGAUGUGUAAGAACCACGACAGACUUCUGGAGCUCUUCUGCCAGACUGAACAGGUGUGUGUGUGUCUGUUGUGCACAGUGACAGACCACAAGUCCCAUCCUGUUGUACCUCUAAAGGAGGAAUAUGAAGUGACGACGGUCCAGCUGGGGAAGAUAGAGGCUGAAGUUCCGAAGAUGAUCCAGGAGAGAAAACAAAAGAUUAAGGAGAUCAAAGACACAGUGGAACUGAGCAACAAAGACGCAGACAGAGAGAUAGCCCAAGGUGGGCAGGUCUUCACUGCUCUGAUAGGCUGUGUUGAAAAGGGCCGGGAUGACUUCAACCAAACGGUUAAAGAGAAACUGAAAUCCACAGUGAAACGAGCUGAAGACCUCAUCAAAGAGCUGGAGCAGGAAAUAGAAGAUCUGACCAAUAGAAGCUCAGAGGUGAAGCAGCUCUCACACACUGAAGACCACCUCCACUUCCUCCAGACCUUCAGACCUGAGGGCCACACUGACACAGCGAAGUGUAGCCGCCGCUGGGCCUUCUUGACCAGCGCCGAGGUGUGGACCGACCAGGAGGGAUCAGCAGAGGACGUGGACUCGCUCCACACCGUCACCGUUGAUGUACAGGGGGGCAGGGGGGGCUCUGCUCCGUCGGGAGUCCAGGAUGAGUUCCUUGGUCUUGCCGCUCUGGGGCUGGGAGGACCGGCAGACGCAGCCUGGAGCAUCAUGAGACAGGCCCAGGUUGUGCCCCAUCUCUUGGGCAAGGGUGGUCGCCACCCCGAUGGCGUUAUCGCGCGGCGGUGGAUCCUCGGCAGCGGGCAGCGGGGCUCUCUGCCACCACGGGGCUCAGUGACCCCCGUGGUGGUAGAGAGGACGCUGGAGCCUGAGGGCCACACUGACACAGCGUGGGUCAGCAGGCUCUGGACGGUGGACCGGUGGAAGGUCACCAGCGGCUGGGUGUUUAGAUGCUCCCUCCUGAGCGCCCUCAGGAAGUGUAGCCGCCGCUGGGCCUUGUUGACCAGCGCCGAGGUGUGGACCGACCAGGAGGGAUCAGCAGAGGACGUGGACUCGCUCCACACCGUCACCGUUGAUGUUACCACCGCAUGUGGACACAACUUCUGCAGAACCUGUGUUACAAAGUUCUGGGAUGAACAAGUCCGGUACAAAUGUCCUGCUUGCAACAAGCUUUUCAACACACGACCUGAUCUACAGGUCAAUUCCUUCUUAUCAGAGCUUUUAGCUCAGUUUAGAACAACCGUACGAGUAAAAGGGCAGCCUUGUGUUGAACCAAGAGAAGUUCCCUGUGACGUCUGUACUGGGACCCAGCAGAAGGCUGUGAAGUCCUGCCUAGUGUGUUUUACCUCUUACUGCCAAACCCACCUGGAGCCACAUCAGAGAGUCGCUCGCCUGCAGAAACAUCGGCUGGUCGAGCCUAUGGACCGUCUGGAAGACAGGAUGUGUAAGAAACACGACCGACUUCUGGAGCUCUUCUGCCAGACCGAACAGGUGUGUGUGUGUCUGUUGUGCACAGUGACAGACCACAAGUCCCAUCCUGUUGUACCUCUAAAGGAGGAAUAUGAAGUGAAGACGUCCCAGCUGGGGAAGAGAGGGGCUGAAGUUCCACAGAAGAUCCAGGAGAGAAAACAAAAGAUUAAGGAGAUCAAAGACAGAGUGGAACUGAGCAACAAAGACGCAGACAGAGAGAUAGCCCACGGUGGGCAGGUCUUUACUGCUCUGAUAGGCUGUGUUGAAAAGGGCCGGGAUGAAUUCAACCAAACGGUGAAAGAGAAACUGAAAUCCACAGUGAAACGAUCUGAAGACCUCAUCAAAGAGCUGGAGCAGGAAAUAGAAGAUCUGACCAAUAGAAGCUCAAAGGUGAAGCGGCUCUCACACACUGAAGACCACCUCCACUUCCUCCAGACCUUCAGAUCCCUGAAGGAUCCUCCACCCACCAGGGACUGGACCACGGUGGAGGUCCGUCCUCCGUCAUACGUAGGGACCUUGAGGAGAUCCCUGGAUCAGCUGGAGGAGACACUGAACAUGGAGCUGAAUAAGCUGCCUGAUGAUGCUGAACUGAAGAGGGUCCAGCAGUAUGAAGUAGAUGUGACUCUGGAUCCUGAUACAGCUUAUCCCUGGCUCAUCCUCCCUGAGGAUGGGAAACAAGUACAUGAUGGAGGUGUGUGGAAGACACUCCCAGACAACCCUAAGAGAUUUACAUACUAUACAUUUGUACUCACGAGGCAGAGCUUCUCCUCAGGGAGAUUUUACUUUGAGGUCCAGGUUAAAGACAAGACUGCAUGGUGGUUAGGAGUGGCCAGAGAGUCCAUCGACAGAAAAGGUGAGACAGAGUGUACCCCUGAGACGGGUUACUGGACUCUAUGGUACGACAAGGAUGGGUUGGUAUUUAAUGAUAACCCUGAUGUCCGUCUCCCCCUGAGAGCUGAGCUCCAGAAGGUGGGGGUGUUUGUUGAUUAUGAUGAGGGUCUGGUCUCCUUCUAUGAUGUGGAAGCCAGGGUUCAUAUCUACUCUGCUACUGGCUGCACCUUCACUGAGCCUCUCUAUCCAAUCCUCAAUCCAUAUUUACAUGAAGAAGGUAGAAAUUCUGCCCCCCUGAUCAUCUCACCUGUCAAUCAAACAGACUAGGACCUUUGUUUGAUAAUAAAAUAAUCAAACGACCAAAACAACUAAUGCUGUUUCCUGAAUUAGAAUAGAAUUAGAAUCUCUACUAUGUGAGAUCUGAGAGAUCUGCAUUAAUGUCAUACUGCUGUCAUUUAACGAGAAGAAUAUCUUUAAGAAUUAACCCUGCAGUUGUGUAACAUAACACUUUAUUAAGGGUUAGAUUACACUCCAUUUAUGUGUCUUAUUUUCCCUUUAUUUCUCUUACAAGUUUAAAGAUAUAAAAAAAAUUCAGUAAUGUAGAACAUGUUCAGAGGAUUAAUAUGCAUGAAUAAUAAUUUGAACUUGUAAUAUAUAUUUGAAUAUUGAGUGACAAAACAAUCCAAUGUUUUACACGUGAUUUUAAUAAAAAAGAAAAGCUUCAAUAUU